AAUACAAACAGCCGAGCCGUUGUCAUGAUGUGAACAUGGGUUACCACUUAACAUGGUAAAAACAGUCCUUUAAAAGAGAGGAAAGAAAGCAAAGAUGAGGGUUUCCAAUAGUCAUCUGCAGCAGCUCGCCAUCUUCACCACUGUGCUGACUGGUGGAGGGGUUGGCACCAUGUACUAUCUACUUCAGCAGAAGUUCACUGGGUCAGACUGGCACAGAAUGUCUAUGCAGAAGUUGGAAGCAUGUCCUGCAGCCAUGGAAAGCCUAGGUGUCCCACCUUUAAAAGUCUACAACAUCCAUCUGACUGACAGAUACAACCGUGUAGAUCAGCACACUGCGCAGAUAAAGAUCCAUGUAGCUGGGUCAAAAACUGGCGGUUGUCUUUAUACUUCUUCAGUUAGAGACUCUAAUACCAACAGUUGGAGUCUGGAGCAGGCAGUGCUGAAUCUCAGAGGAGGACAGACCAUCAACUUGCUGAGUCCUCCUUCAGCAGCUGCCGCACCACAAACCCAGGCAGCAGGACAGACACAGGGACUAGAGACAGGUCACUGGAGCUGAAUGUUGAAGAUGAAGUUGUUCUGCUCCAGGAGGUCCUGAAUAAAAGUCUAACUAUCCACUAUCAGCUCCACUAUCAUUUGUGAAGAGACAACAGUUAGUUUUGAUGCACAGCUCAAUGAGUUUCAUUGUGCUUCUCCCUGACUUCUCCGGUUGUUGUGUUAAGUGUCUGUGUUCUGUUUUGAAUAAA